AUGCUGGUGAAAUACAUCUCUGGGCAGUUCGUACACCAACAUAUAGUAGCCAUACAAAAUACAAAAUGCCAUGGCUGAUGAAAGCCGAGCCUGAUUCGAGGAUUGUCAAAGGGAAAGAUGUCAAGUUUUCAGUAGAUGACUUUGAACGUGUUGGGGUAUCACCUUGGGAUGGCGUGCGGAAUCACGAGGCUAAGAAAAUCAUGCGGGAAAAGAUGAAAUUAGGUGACAAGGUCCUGUUCUAUCAUAGCAAUUGUAAGGUGCCUGGGGUCUUCGCAGUGGCAGAAAUUUCCAAAGAAGGGUACCCAGAUUUUACAGCGUGGGAUCCAGAUCAUCCAUAUUUCGACCCCAAAUCAAAGCAAGAUUCUCCCACGUGGUUUAUGGUAGAUGUCAGGUUCAAGCGAAGGCUGGACUAUCCCCCGACUCUUGCUUUGAUAAAACACCUGGCAACACUAUCCAACCUUCCAAAAGAAGUAUCUUAUAUCGGCGAUCGCGGAUUAGAAGCUAUCAAAAACAUGUCACUGGUUAACAGGGGCCGGUUAAGUGUUCAGCCAGUAGAUGACGCUGCAUACAAUGCCAUUGUUGAGCUUGGUACAAAAGGUGGUUGGGAUAGUUUCGUUAGUGUCAGCUCGCAGGCUUCCAAGUCACGCAAAGCGAAGGCUUCCGAGAGCUCGUCAGAGCUAGUUAAAGCAAAGGACAAUGACACAUUGGAAGAGAAACCACACAAAGGAAAGAAGUUCUUACCUGGAGAGGAUGGCAUUUUUGAAUCCGGACAGGGGCAACGCAGGAGCAAACGGCUUAAAAGGUCGUUGCCGUAGGAGGCUUUAUAGCAGAAUUUUUUUACAAUGCAAUAUGGGCCCCCCGAAACAUGUUGUGACAGAGGACUGUUUAGGUCUAUUGGCUAAUCAGGCAUAAAAUUGGGUGAAUUAUUUUGAUAAGGGGAUAAUAAUGAUUGGAAAUAGUGACCGAUGCUGGCUUGC